GAGAGAGAGAGAGAGGCAUGCAAGUAGUUCAGCAAGCCUACUCUCGCGCUUAGCAGUAGAAACGGGACAGCAAGGAAACCAGUGUUCAAUAUUGUUUUUCCAUAGGAUUUUAACUCCAAGAAAGCGAUUUCUAGUCUACCCUUCUGAACUCCACUAUGUGAAAAUCCGUCAGAGACCGUUUUUGAAGACAAGGGCUAACCGUUCUUAACCGUUCAACAGCUCUCUCUCUCGCUCUCUCUUUCUCUCUCUCUCACUCUCUCUCUCUCAGUUGUUUAAUUAAUACACAAUUUACCAUAUUGGCAUAGCUAUCUCUUCCACAUACUUCCUGGAUAUCUGUGGAUUGACAUGCUGCAAUGUCCCGAGGAAUACUUUCACGCGUUAACCUUUGGUGGAUUUUGGUGUCAUCCACGCUGCUGGCGAAUGUGUCCAGUGUAAACGCGCAUAGCUGCCAUGAAGUGAAAACGGCUUUCCAGCUACACCACAUUGGUCCAUUGAAAUGGGUACCCGAAACACCUGGGACAGAUGUGCAGCUACAGAUCUGCCAGCACAGCGGCCCCACCUGCUGCACCCGUAAGAUGGAGGAGAGCUACAGAGUGGCUGUCCAGGCUGAGACCCUGCAGAGCAUUGCCUCCUACAGCUAUGAUGUCAAAUACCUCUUAACCAGCCACGCCACUGCCUUCCAGGAUACCCUCCAGUCUGUGGUGUCCUUCUCCAAGAGUCACGUCAGCUCUCUGUUCGACAGCUCCUACCCGGCCCUGGCCUCGGAUGCCAGCGGCCCCGUCGGCGAGCUCUUCUCCGACCUCUCGCUGUUCAUCCGCGGCGGCAACGCCACCGUGGAGUCGGCCGUCCACCGCUUCUACGACGGCCUCUUCCCGGCGGUGUACCGGCGGCUGCUGAGGCCCGGGACGGCCGAGCCCAGCGCGGAGCGGGACGACUGCCUCCGCAUGACCCGGCAGGACGUCAACCCGUUCGGGCCGCACCCGGGCGAGCUGGCGCAGGAGCUGGCGCGGGCCCUGCAGGCGGGGCGGGCCCUGAGCCGGGCGCUGGGCGCGGGCGAGGAGGCCAUGGACGCGGUGGAGCGGGCGGGGCUGUCGCGGGAGUGCGCCCGGGCGCUGGUGCGCAUGCAGUACUGCUCGCACUGCCGCGGGCUCACGCUCAUCAAGCCCUGCGUGGGCUACUGCCUCAACGUGAUGCGCGGCUGCCUGGCCGGCCUGUCGGAGCUGGACCGGCCCUGGCGCCGCUACUUCGCCGUGCUGCAGGACGCCGGCGGCUCCAUGGCGGGGGCGCACGACCUGGAGCUGGCCCUGCUGGGCGUCCGCUCCCAGGUCGCCAGGGCCGUGGAGUACGCCCUGCUGCACAGGCCCCGCCUCGUCGCCACGGUGGACAAAGUGUGCGGGCAGCCCACGGGAACGGACACGACCGUAAGCCCCACGCCUGACACGGCUACUUCGCCCGCGAUCUCCGCGGCUCCAUCUCUACCACCGACUCAGGCCCCGCUGGGCCGAUUGGCCCAUUUAAGGAGCUCCUUACCUCUGAAAUCCUCCAAGAAAGAUGAACCUGAAGGUCUCAAAAAGAUAUCUAGAGAGUUACUGCGCUACAUUCAGAACUACAAGUCCUUCUUCUCGAGCCUGCCUGACUUGCUGUGUGAAGGGGAGAUGGUGGUGGACGACUUCACCUGUUGGAGUGGCGAUGAUGUCGUGGAGACUUUGAGUUAUAGCACCCGUGUGGUAGACAGUGGCCUGCAGGCCCAGAGACAGAACCCAGAGGUCAAAGUGCGGAGUAUCGACGCCGUGCUGACUGAAGCGAAGGAGAUGCUGGAGCGCUUCAACCAGGAGAUGGAGGACAGCUCGCCCGGGUGGGGGACCCGAGGGGCGCUGAUGGAGGCCGGCAGCGGGGUGGCGGAGGGCAGCGCCGACUGCGACGACGAGGACGGGUGCCGAGGCUCUGGGGAAGGGAACGUGGAGACCGCCCGUGAGGAGCAGAUUGUCUCCAGUAAAGGGGUCUCUCAGGAGCAGGAGCCCCCACGCCGGUCCACGCCCAACCCCCCUCGGCAGCUCAUCCCCAAUGCGAAGGGCAGUGCCCCCGCGACCUGCAUGGCACCGCCCGCCCUGGUCCUGCUCCUCCUCCUCCUUCUGUCCACCCUGGGGUCGCAGUGGACCCUGCUCUAAGCCCCUCCCCCCUGAACCCCAGGCCACUCCCCUCCACACGCAGUGUGGGCCACGCCUCCAGAGCACGGGACUGGACUGGAGGGGGACGAGGAACAGGAGGAUGGGUGGGGGAGCGGUCGCUUACGGGACAGACUGUGGGUCGUGCUGCAGUGUGCGUGAGCUCCAGAGGCCGGUUGGCUCUUAUCCCGCUACUUCUCUUUGGGCUGUUCUGCGUUAGCUUGGGAACUCAGUGCCUCUCGGGCUGAUUUAAGGCCUAUUGUUUGCUCUUCAGCUGCUGUACUGUAAUUCCUCACUGUAAUGGACUGCAUCUGUCCCCCUCAGCGCACACAUACGCACACACACACACACACACACACACACACACACACACAUACACACACACACACACAUAUA